AGUCAAUCAUACGUGCUCCAUGUUCGACGAGUACGAAUAUGCCUGCGAGUUCCGUUGAAGAAAUACGAAGAAGCAAGCUUGACUCUAUUCCUGCAACUAAAGCUGCUCUCUUUCAAUUCAUUUUGUCCUAACCCUAACCCUAACCCGAACCCUAAUCCUAAUCCUAAUCCCACUGGCCUUAUUUGAUUUGAAGGAGAAUUUGUAACAUUUGCGGUGAACGAGAUUUCAUCUUUCCAAAUCCCCUUCACGUUUAUGAUGCAUGGCGAUUCCUGACUCUAAUUUUAAUUGCGGCCGUUUUUCUUUCUUUGAUUGUGAUUAAUGGCUCGAAAUGUUUGCGAUUUCCGGAUCCUUCUCCUGGUAGCUGCUGCUGCCUUCAUUUUUAUCCAGCUGCGCCUUUUCCAUACACAGUCCAAAUAUGCAGAGCAACUUGCUAGUGCAGUGGAAUCCGAGAGCCAUUGUACAAGUCAAAUGAGGUUAUUGAUUGAUCAAAUAAGUAUACAACAGGGGAAAAUUGUGGCUCUGGACGAAGAAAAGAAGCUGCGAGAUGACGAAUGUCAGCAUUUGAAGGCUCUUGUAGACGAUCUUGAAAAGAAAGGUGUGAAAAGCUUGGUCGGCAAGAAUGAGCAUGUCCCAGUGGCAGCUGUGGUGGUUAUGGCCUGCAAUCGUCCAGACUACCUAGAAAGGACAAUUCAAUCUAUUCUAAAGUACCAUAAAUCUGUUGCCUCAAAAUUUCCACUCUUUGUUUCUCAGGAUGGAACUCAUGAAACUGUGAAAAGUAAAGCUCUAAGCUAUGAUCAGGUCACAUAUAUGCAGCAUAUUGAGUCCUCACCAAUAAGAACUGAGAGGCCUGGAGAGUUGAUUGCCUACUACAAAAUUGCAAAUCACUACAAGUGGGCUCUGCAUAGACUAUUUGAUGAGUAUAAUUUCAGUCGAGUAAUUAUAUUAGAAGAUGAUAUGGAGAUUGCCCCAGAUUUCUUUGAUUACUUUGGGGCGGCAUCGCUUCUUCUUGAGAAAGAUAACACUAUCAUGGCUGUUUCAUCUUGGAAUGACAAUGGACAAAAGCAGUUUGUUCAAGAUCCUGAAGUUCUUUAUCGUUCUGAUUUCUUCCCUGGGCUUGGAUGGAUGCUAACGAAAUCUGUGUGGGAUGAGUUGUCUCCAAAAUGGCCUAAAGCUUAUUGGGAUGACUGGAUGAGGUUAAAAGAUGUGCGGAAGGAUCGUCAAUUCAUUCGUCCAGAAAUUUGCAGGACAUACAACUUUGGUGAACAUGGGUCGAGUCUUGGGCAAUUCUUUAGACAGUAUCUGGAGUCCAUCAAGUUGAAUGAUGUCCUCGUUGAUUGGAAGUCUAAGGAUCUGAGCUACCUGCAAGAGGAGAAGUUUUUGAAGUACUUUGCCAGCCUUAUUUCAAAUGCCAAACCUGUCCAUGGAGCUGAUGCUGUCUUUAAGGCAUAUAAUAUAGAUGGAGAUGUUCGGAUGCACUACCAAGACCAGAUGGAUUUUGAGAGAAUUGCACGCCAAUUUGGGAUUUUUGAAGAAUGGAAGGAUGGCAUUCCAAGGACUUCAUAUAAAGGUGUGGUUGUGUUUCGGUGGCAAACGUCAAGGCGGAUCUUCCUCGUUGGGCCCGAUUCUCUCAAGCAGCUAGGCAUCCUCUAAGUAGGAUGAGCUGCUAAACAGAAACAUCAUCUUGCAGAUGAGUGCCGGAAUCACAUGCCCGAAUUUACAAAGCUCCAAAAUAUUGAUCUUGCAGUUAUUGUGCCCUCCUUGUAGGAUUGAUCACCUCUCGGAAUUAGAAGCAUAAGUUUAUUUUGUAGAUGAGCUGCUAAUCAGAAACACAUCUUUGUAGAUGAGUGCGGGAACCAUUUACCGGAGUUUUUAGUCACAAUUUAUUGAUCUUGCAGUAACGUUGUUGUGCCCUUGUAAAAUUGAUUUUAAUUAGGAGUGUAAAAUCUUUUUACAAAAGUUGACAAGGAUACAAGAGAUACUCCUAAAAGGAAAAAAUGUAUAUAAGGUCUCAGCCUUAUAUUGUA